GGCGCUAUACCUGUCUGCCGUGAAUCGAAAAAUAUCUCGGCAUGUUUCAGUUUUACAUUUUUUAGCUACAGAGGUCCGGUUAGAAUGGCGAGUUAUGGUAACUUUGCGCUGGCAAGAUUGUGUGCAAAUUUUUCAAAGGGUCUCUCAGUUUCAACGACCAGACACUGCAGUACAAUACCAAGCUUGACCAAUAGGUUACAUAACAAGCAGACGUCCAAUGCAUUGCUACCAGCACCUCAGGUGGUUGUGACACCAAGCAGACACACAAGCUGGUUCAACACAUUAACGGCAGACCAGCUAUGGAAAGGAAUGCUGGCAACCACAGGAAAGGCUCAGACCAAGGCAAGGGGAAAACGACCCGCUAAGAGGAUCAAGAAAGAUCUCAACAGAGGACAGAUUAUUGGAGAAGGAAAGGCAAACAUAGCCUGGCCAGGGCUCAACGCACCCAUCGUGAAAGACCGUGUUGUGCAGACCAUGGAAACGAGGGCGCCAGACCCAGAGCGGGAAGAGAAGCUUCAGAUGAUCCGUGCUCAGUGGGAUAAGAAGAAGAGACGCACGGUACCCGCAGAGGAGCGAGGCUGGACCUCCAAGAGUUGGGGAGGGCGUAGAUUGGGCCCUCCUGAUCCAAUACCAGGAGAGAACUUUGAAGGCUUUGAUUCCCGAGUUGUGAUUGUACGGCGAGUGUUCAACAUGACUGGUACCGUCGGCAGAAAACGCAGUAUGUCUGCUCUGGUUGUUGUCGGCAACCAGAACGGUGCUAUAGGUUAUGCGAUGGGGAAAGCCCCAGAUGUGAUGUCAGCAUUAAGGAAAGCCAAAAACAAAGCUGCCAACUAUCUUCAUUACAUCGAGCGCUAUGACAACCACACAGUUUAUCAUGAUAUCGAGUCCAAGUUCCAGGUGACAAGAGUGAGAAUUCAGAAACAGAACAAAGGCUAUGGGUUACGAUGUCAUCGAAUCCUGAAGCAGAUCUGUCGACUAGCUGGUAUUAAGGACCUCUAUGCCAGGGUGUAUGGCUCCAAGAAUCCCAUCAAUCUCACAGUGGCUUUCAUUAAUGGACUCGCUAACCAGGAGACCCACCAACAGAUAGCUGACAGGAAAGGCCUGCACGUUGUAGAGUUCCGCAAAGAGUGUGGUCCACUCCCAAUCGUUGUUGCCUCCCCUGAGAAAGCACAGCUUCUUGAAGAUGUGGAGGAGGAGCCUUGGGAUAAAGAGCUUCCUUUAGAGUGGAAGGAAGAAAGACCAAGAAAGACCAAUAGUUUCAGUCGAGAAGGAACCAUUUUCUUCUAAAUGUUGGGGUUUUUGAUUUAAGAGAAGCAGAUGAUAAACUUAACUUAUGCACCUGCCUGUAGUGUCCGAGAAUUCUUUCAGACUGAUUCCAUUUCAACAUAAAUUAUGCUCACAAUAUGAGGAUAUUGAAAGCUGUGAGAAUAAGACAGAAGAUAUGGAGGGUUGAGUUUACACAUGAAAGCAUCGGAAUACAUGGGUGCGUUUUGGCGGUUGUUUCGAUCAUUUGCCAAUAGAUAGUCUUUAUGAAAACACCAGUCUCUACCUUUAAGUAAAAUGCCGCUGUGUUUGCUACCCGCAAGUGGGAUUUUUGUUAACAUCUAUAAGUGUUCGAUGAUAUCACAUUUCAACUUGAGUGACUUUGGCUAAAAACAGCUUAGUGCAAAAUUGAUGACUAAGCAUUUGUAGCGAUCUGGCCAUUCCUUCAGUCACAGCCUACGAUUAAUUGCAUGUAUUUAAAUGGGAGUGGGGGUAGGGGGGGGGAUGGGGGUUGGCUCAACCAUGACUCUUUGACAAAUGCAGUAUUUGAAAUUUAUGUUUAAAAAAUACCCAAUGUUGCAGUUCUAAUGAAAAACUCCAUUUCAGCAGAGAACUGAUGUGGUAUCCAACUUAAAAAACAAACAUGUAUGAGACAAAGAAAUGAUCACUGGAACUGAUGUAGUUCUCUAAACCGAAUGUUUUUCCCGUCACCAUUGUACAUUAAAAUCAGCUUAUAUUCCUGAAGAUUGAUCCUCGA